AUGCUCGAAUUCCGAACCCAAGGCUUCAACGGCUACUCCGUGAAAUACAGCCCAUUCUUCGAUUCCCGCAUCGCAGUCGCAACAUCCGCCAACUUCGGACUCGUCGGAAACGGACGACUCUACAUACUAGGUCUUACAGCAAAUGGCAUAGUAGCCGAGAAAUGGUUCGACACUCAAGACUCGCUCUUCGACAGCACCUGGUCUGAGUCGCACGAGAACCAGCUCCUAACAGCCUGCGGCGACGGCUCUGUCAAGCUCUUCGACAUCAACGUGCCCACGUACCCCAUCGCCUCCUGGCAAGAACACAGCCGCGAAGUCUUCGCCGUCCACUGGAACCUCGUAGCCAAAGACACGUUCCUCUCCUCAUCAUGGGAUGGCUGCAUCAAGAUCUGGAACCCCAACUCGGACGCCAGUAUAACAACACUACCAACACAUUCGUGUACCUACUCCGCGUCCUUUAGCCCGCACAACGCCAGCGUGCUGAGCAGCGUAUCAUCAGACUCGCACCUCCGCGUCUUCGACCUGCGCACCCCAGCGAGCGCGAGCAACCAUUUAACCAUGAACGUGCCCAUACACCAACCGCCCAAAGCGAGAAUGGGGCAAGCGCCGGGCGUUGGUAUUGCGCCUGCAGAGGCCUUGACACAUGAUUGGAAUAAAUACCGGGAUACUAUCGUUGCGACGGCGGGUGUGGACCGCGUGAUCCGUACGUUUGAUAUUAGGAUGCCGCAGGCUGGACCCGUUGCUGUUCUCCCCGGCCACGAAACAUGGAUCGAUGUCGGUGAGAUGGCAAACCGUUCUUCAUUUGACUACAAUCAACAACAACUCGCAGCUCAGUUCGGUGGCACCGCUCGGACGUUAUGCCUCUACCUAGACACGAAGUAA